UCGAAAUAAAAGUUUUAAUGGCCGUAAAAACAAUUUUAAAACAAAUGGAACACGUAAACGAGAUGUUUCGUAUGAAAAAGAGGAUGAAUCAAAAAAGUUAAAAUUACAAGAACCUGUAGAAUCAUCGUCAUCAGAAUCUGAAAAUGAAGAAAUUUUUAAUAAAUUUGUUACAACAUUUGCUAAAAGUGAUAAAGUUUUAAAAGCUUCAAUUGAAAGUAGCUCUGAAUCAGAUGAGGAAUCUGAAAAUGUUGAAGAAGAAGAAGAAAACAUGGAAGAUGUUGAAGAAGGCGAAGAUGGAGAAAAUGUUGAAGAAGACGAAGAUGGAGAAAAUGUUGAAGAGGAGGAAGGCGAAAAUAAUAAAUCUAUUGAAUCUGCAGAAAAUUCAAAAACAGAAACUGAGGAAGUAAUCGAUGGCAAAGAAUUAGAUGAAGAAUCGGAAGAUCAAAGUGUACAAUCGAAAGAUCCGUUUGUACAACAUUUUCAUUACGAAUUAAACGAAAGUUUUUUUGAAUCUGUACAAAAUUCGAUAAAUGUUAAACAAACCGAAUUAAAUUGGCCAACAUUGGGUGUUCUAUCAGUACAAAUUCCUGAAAAACCAGAAACAUUAAAAAAAACAGCUCUAGAUGAUAAAACUUACGCUAACGCUGGUAUAGUGCCAAAUAUUAUCAAAUUUAAAAAAGAGUCUCAGCUCACAGAUCUAUUUAUUAAAUCCCAAAUUUCAAAAAAUAUUAGAGCUGCAAACGAAUCAAAUUUGGAAAAUCCUUCUAACGAAAGUAAUAAUCCAUUCACAAAUUUACAAACGGAAUUAUUUUCGAUUUUCAACAAUUACCAAGACUGUUAUUACCCAGAACGGACUUUUAAAAAUGGUGAACAAAUUCGUUUUGUAUAUUGUUUACAUGCGAUUAAUCAUAUUUUAAAAACUCGUACAAAAAUUCUACAUCAUAACGCAAAAUUGUCAAAUAAAACUGAAAUUCCAGAUGAAUAUCGAGAUCAAGGCUUAGUUCGACCAAAAAUUUUAAUCGUUGUACCAUUUCGAAAUUCUGUUUUACAAAUUGUGAAAAUGUUAAUUAGUAUCUUAGUACCGGAGGACAAAGGCCAAGUAAUUAAUAAAUUACGUUUCAUGGAUGAUUUUGGCGGUGGGGAAUUACAAAUGCCGAAAAAGAAUCCAAAGCCUGAAGAUUAUCAACAACUAUUCACUGGUAACACUGAUGAUACUUUCCGUAUCGGUUUAUCAAUUACGAAAAAAACUUUAAAAUUAUACACGGAAUUUUAUUCAUCGGAUAUUAUAAUUGCUUCCCCAUUGGGAUUACGUAUGAUUGUUGGGGCUCCAGGUGAACAAGACAGAGACUUCGAUUUUUUAGCAUCGAUUGAAGUUUUGAUUUUGGAUCAGGCCGAACAGUUUUUAAUGCAAAACUGGGAUCAUUUUUUACAUGUAAUUAAUCAUUUACACAUGCAACCCAAAAAUUCUCAUGGAACAGAUUUUUCGCGUGUAAGAAUGUGGUCGAUUAAUGGUUGGGCCAAAUAUUAUCGACAAUCAUUAAUUUUUUCUGCAUAUCAAACUCCUGAAAUCAAUUCUCUAUUUAAUAAGAAAUGUACUAAUUAUUGGGGUAAAAUCAAAAUUCAAAAUCCAAUUAACAAGGGAACAAUUUGCAAAGUAAUCGUUCAAGUUCCACAUGUUUUUAGUAAAUUUAUGGUUGACAAUAUACAGAAUUCUGCGGAUGCACGUUUGGAAUUCUUCAAAAACAAAGUUUUACCACAGUAUAAAGAAUCUUUAAUGAAAAAUACGUUAAUUUAUAUUCCAAGCUAUUUCGAUUAUGUACGAGUUCGUAAUUAUUUCAAACAAGAAGAAUUAAGUUUUGUACAAAUUUGUGAAUAUUCAAAAGAAGCGAAAAUUGCACGAGCGAGGGAUAAAUUCUUUCAUGGCGAGGCACAUUUUAUGUUAUAUUCCGAACGAUUUCAUCAUUUUAGACGGAUACGUUUAAAAGGUAUUCGACAUAUUAUAUUCUAUCAACCACCGUCCAUUCCACAUUUCUAUUCGGAAUUGUGCAAUUUUAUGGUGAAUUCAAAUCAAAAACGUAAAUUAUCCUUGUCAGAUAUGACAGUGUCUGUAGUUUAUUGUAAAUAUGAUGUCAUAUAUUUGAAUAAUAUUGUAGGUUCUGAUCGUGCAACACGCAUGAUUUCAUCUGAACGUAAUACAUAUAUGUUCAUGACUGGUGAAUAA